AUGUCUGGUCGCAUUUUCGCGGGUCCGAACCUUAGCAACAAUGAGCGAUGGUUGGAUUUGAUCGUCAAUUACGGAGACAACAGCAUUCAGGGGAUGCGGAAGCUUCGGCUUUGGCCCACGAUUCUGAAGCCUCUGGCUGUGAAGUUCAUCCCUGAGUGCAAGAACCUGCAAGCUCAAGUCAAGGAAGCAUGGGAUCUUGUAGCUGCUGAGAUCCAGGCGCGGCACGCCAAGGGCGGCGAAGCGAAGCACGAAGACGCCAUUCACUGGUUCGAGGAGUUGGCAGGUGGGGAUCGAUACAACUUUGGUGCAUCGCAGUUGAUGCUUGCUGUGGUGUCGAUUGGAACUACCUCUGAUCUGAUCACGCAGACCUUGAUUGAUAUCCUUCGUCAUCCCGAGCUGAUACAGCCCUUGCGAGAGGAGAUCGUGUCUGCUAUCUCAGAAGGUGGCUGGAAGAAGACUUCAUUGUACAACAUGAAGCUCCUUGACAGUGUCCUCAACGAAAGCCAACGCCUAAAGCCGAAUCAGAUCGCUUCCAUGUUCCGGCAAGCAUUGGUCAACAUUACUCUCUCCGACGGCACCAAGGUCCCAAAGGGCCACAAAGUCGCUGUUUCGACCGAUCGAAUGCGAGAUCCGAGUGUCUACGAGAACCCGGAUGUUUUCGACGGCUACCGCUUUUUCCGCAUGCGCGCUACUGAGCAAGGAGCAGCGAGUCAGCUGGUGACCACAAGUGUGAACCAUCUUGGGUUCGGGCAUGGCGAACAUGGAUGCCCCGGUCGUUUCUUCGCCGCCAGCGAGGCCAAAGUCAUUAUUUCUCAUCUUCUUCUGAAGUACGACAUGCGCCUAGAAGACGGGACCGAGCACAACAUCCGGAAAUUUGGUUUCGCAGAGGAGGUUGACCCGACUUUCAGGAUCUUUAUGAAGAGACGCAAGGAAGAAAUUCCCCUAUAA